AUGGAUGGAAGUGAAAUUCAUAACGCAAAUAGUAGUUCGAUAUGGAGGAAUUCGGGCAUGAAUGCUUUUUCAAAGUCCGGUCGUGAAGAAGUAAACGAUGAAGAAGCACUUAAAUGGGCUUCUAUCGAAAAACUUCCAACGUUUGAACGUUUAAAGAAAGGAUUGCUUGUUGGAUCAACUGGAUCUUCACAAGAAGUUGAUGUCAACACUCUAGGACUAGGAGAUCGAAAACACUUGCUUGAUAGGCUUAUAAAUACUGCGAAUGAAGAUAAUGAGAAGUUCUUGUUAAAGCUAAGGAAUAGAAUCGAUAGGGUUGGACUUGAUUUGCCAACAAUUGAAAUCAAAUUUGAGCAUUUAACUGUAGAGGCUGAUAUUAAAACAGGAAGCAGAGUUUUACCUAGUUUUAUAAACUUUCAUAUUGAUAUAUUUGAGAUGAUCUUGAGUUCAUUUGGUCUACUACCAAAUUCGAAAAAGCGUAAAACAGUCCUUGACGACAUUAGUGGGAUCAUUAAGCCUAGAAGAAUGACAUUGCUUUUGGGGCCUCCGAGUUCUGGAAAGACAACUAUGCUGUUGGCCUUGGCUGGUAAGGUUGAUAAGGACCUUAAGAGCUCUGGGAGGGUGACAUACAAUGGCCAUGAAUUAGAAGAGUUUGUGCCAGAAAGAACCUGUGCUUAUAUUAGUCAAAUUGAUGUUCAUAUUGGAGAAAUGACUGUUAGAGAAACCUUGGAUUUCUCUGCACGAUGCCAAGGGGUUGGAUCACGUUAUGAGAUGUUAGCAGAGUUGUUAAGAAGAGAGAAAGAUGCAAACAUCAAACCUGAUCCUGAUAUCGAUGUCUUCAUGAAGGCUGCAGCAUUAGAAGGUCGAGAAGCAAAUGUGGUUACGGAUUACAUUCUUAAGUUGUUGGGAUUAGAAAUUUGUGCCGAUACCAUGGUAGGGGAUCAAAUGGUGAGGGGGAUAUCUGGUGGGCAAAAGAAGCGUGUCACAACGGGUGAAAUGAUGGUUGGCCCAUCGAAGGUUCUUCUUAUGGACGAGAUAUCUACUGGGCUGGAUAGCACUACAACUUUCCAAAUUGUGGAAUGGCUUAGACAACUUGUCCAUAUAUUCGAAGGAACUGCUGUCAUUUCACUUUUGCAGCCAGCACCAGAGACAUAUGAUUUAUUUGAUGAUAUUAUUCUUUUAACCGAUGGGAAAAUAGUCUAUCAAGGACCGCGUGAUAAUGUGCUUGAGUUUUUUGAAUUUAUGGGGUUCAAAUGUCCCCAGAGGAAAGGCGUUGCUGAUUUCUUGCAAGAGGUGACAUCGAAGAAAGAUCAACAACAAUACUGGAUGAGAAGUAAAGAGCAAUACCGGUUCGUGACAGCCAAUGAAUUUUCCGAUUCAUUUCAGUCGUUCCAUGUUGGAAAGAGACUCGGGGAGGAUCUUGCGACCCCAUAUGACAAAUCUAAAAGCCACCCAGCUGCUCUUGCUACAGAGAAAUACGGUCUAAGUAGAAAAGAGCUCUUGAAAGCUUGCAUCCAGAGAGAGAUCCUGCUCAUGAAGAGAAAUUCAUUUAUUUAUUACUUCAAAUUUUCACAACUAAUUCUUGUGUCAUUUGUUGUUAUGACAUUGUUUCUACGAACCGAGAUGCAUAGAGAUAACAUAGAUGAUGGAGGGAUAUAUAUGGGUGCUCUAUUCUUUGUUGUCAUUAUAACCAUGUUUAAUGGUAUGGUUGAGAUAACAUUGACGAUUGUAAAGCUUCCAGUGUUUUACAAACAAAGAGACUUUCUGUUUUACCCUUCAUGGGCAUAUGCUCUUCCUUCAUGGAUCGUCAAGAUUCCCAUUUCGCUUAUUGAAUGUGCCUUGUGGAUGAUCCUUACUUAUUAUGUAAUAGGGUUUGAUCCCAAUAUCACAAGAUUCUUCCGGCAGUACUUCUUGUUAUUGGUUGUUAACCAGAUGUCUGCAGCAUUAUUUAGAUUCAUUGGGGCACUGGGUCGGAACAACAUCGUUGCAAACACUUUCGGUUCAUUUGCUCUUCUCUUGAUUUUUGCUUUAGGUGGCUUCGUCCUGUCACGGAAUGAUGUAAAGAAGUGGUGGUUGUGGGGUUACUGGGUGUCUCCAAUGAUGUACGCAAUGAAUGGGGUCGUUGUUAAUGAAUUUCUUGGGGAAAAGUGGAAAAAGCCGAUAAAUGGUACGACACUAGGAAAAACUAUCAUGGAAUCACGAGGGUUCUUCACAGAAGCUUACUGGUAUUGGAUUGCAAUUGUAUCCUCGGUUGGGUUCAUCUUAGUCUUCAAUAUUUGUUUCAGUUUGUCUCUCCGUUUUCUCAAUCCAUUUGGGAAAUCCCGAUCGACUUUAACAAAUCAGGACGAGAGUGAUAGCAAAAGAGAGGUAGAGUUAUCACCUGGUAUAGUUGGGAGCAAGAAAAAAGGAAUGAUUCUUCCGUUUGAACCACAUUGGAUUACCUUCACUGACAUUAAAUACUCGGUCAAUAUGCCACAGGCAAUGAGAGCGCAAGGAGUGAACGAAGAUAGAUUGAUGCUGCUUAAGGGUUUGAGUGGAGCAUUUCGACCUGGUGUUUUAACCGCACUGAUGGGUGUGAGUGGUGCAGGAAAAACUACUUUAUUGGAUGUAUUAGCAGGUAGGAAAACUGGUGGUUAUAUAGAGGGCGACAUCUUAAUUUCGGGAUAUCCAAAGAAACAGGAAACAUUUGCACGGAUUUCUGGAUAUUGUGAACAAAACGACAUACAUUCACCUCAUGUUACCGUUUAUGAAUCCUUGAUCUACUCAGCUUGGCUAAGGUUGGCAUCAGAUGUUAACGAAAAAACCAGAAAGAUGUUUGUUGGUGAGGUGAUGGACCUUGUAGAAUUGAACACGUUGAGAGACGCUCAGGUUGGGUUGCCCGGUGUCAAUGGACUCUCAACCGAACAGCGAAAAAGGUUAACAAUAGCAGUAGAGCUUGUGGCUAAUCCAUCUAUAAUAUUUAUGGACGAGCCAACAUCCGGACUGGAUGCUAGAGCAGCUGCAAUUGUAAUGAGAACUGUUAGAAACACGGUUGACACAGGAAGAACGGUUGUGUGCACCAUUCAUCAACCUAGCAUCGAUAUAUUUGAAGCUUUUGACGAGUUAUUCUUGCUGAAAACAGGAGGACAAGAGAUAUAUGUAGGACCUGUAGGACGUAACUCUUGUGACCUCAUCAAGUACUUCGAGGAUAUGGAUGGAGUAGGUAAGAUUAAAGACGGAUAUAAUCCUGCAACAUGGAUGAUGGAAGUCACUACUUCUUCGCAAGAAGUAGCUUUAGGAGUCGAUUUUGCUGACGUUUACAGGGGCUCAAAACUAUUUAGGAGAAACAAGGCCCAUAUUGCUGAAUUAAGCAUUCCACGUCCUGCUACGAAAGACCUUUACUUCCCGACCCAAUACUCACAGUCUUUCUUUGUCCAAUAUAUCGCAUGCCUAUGGAAACAAAGAAGGUCCUACUGGCGGAACCCCCCUUACACAGCCGUCCGCUUUGCUUUCACCACCUUCACGGCCAUAAUGUUUGGUUCUGUGUUUUGGGAUCUUGGCCAAAAAAGGAGAAACCAACAAGAACUAUUCAACGCGAUGGGUUCCAUUUACGCAGCAACCCUCUUCCUAGCUGUCCAAAAUGCAUCAGCAGUGCAGCCAGUAGUUGACAUUGAACGGACCGUCUUUUAUAGAGAACGUGCUGCUGGAAUGUAUUCCGCUUUACCAUAUGCCUUUGCUCAGGUGGCAAGCUUUUACUAUAUCCUUGUGGAGAUACCUUACGUAUCUGCACAAACGAUUGUUUACUGUUUCAUAGUUUACGGUAUGAUUGGAUUUGAAUGGACAGCAAUCAAAUUCUUGUGGUACACGUUCUUCCAGUUUACCUGUUUGCUGUACAUGACGUAUUACGGCAUGAUGACUGUUGCGAUCACUCCCAAUGCCAAUUUCGCCGCCAUUCUUGCAGGCUUAUUUUAUGGGUUUUUUAAUCUCUUCUCCGGCUUCAUCAUCCCACUGCCGAAAAUUCCUGUGUGGUGGCGGUGGUACUACUGGGGUAAUCCGCUGGCAUGGACCCUCUACGGCUUGGUGGUGUCACAGUUUGGCGACUACGACGACUUGCUUGUCAGUGGUGAAACCGUCAAGGGGUUCCUUGAUAGAUAUUUCGGCUACAAACAUGAUUUUCUUGGUGCAAUCGCCGGUGUGCAUGUGGGAUUGGUUGUUAUAUAUGGGUAUAUAUUUGCUUAUUCCAUCAAAUCCUUCAAUUUUCAGAAAAGGUAG